GACUGAAGCUGCGACAGUGGCUCUUCAUGGCAGCCAGGAUGCCUCUGGAAAUGCUCCAGGAUGAUUCCUGCUGUUCCAUCUGCCUGGGAAUAUUCCAGGACCCCGUGUCCAUCCACUGUGGGCACAGCUUUUGCCGGUCAUGCAUCACUGAGACCUGGGAAGGACGGACCACCAAUUUCUCCUGCCCCCAGUGCAGGGAGACGAUGGCACGAAAGAUCCUCCGCCCCAACAGGGAGCUGGCCAACAUGCUUGAAGCAGCCAAGAGAUUGAACGAGGAACCUGUCAGAGAGGUGGAAGGAGGGGAGAACAUCUGUGAGAAACACCAGGAACCUCUGAAGCUCUUCUGCAAAGAUGAGGAAAGGCUUAUCUGUGUGGUGUGUGACAGGUCUGCAGUGCACCGUAACCAUUCUGUGGUUCCCAUGGAUGAGGCUGCUCAGGGGUACAAGAAACAAAUUGAGACCAAACUGUACGUACUGAAAUCAGAGCAAGAGGCGCUUCAAUCUUCCGUGAAGGACACAGAAGACAGACUCAAGGACCACACUGAGAGGACAGAAGCUGCAAGGCAGGAGAUUGUGAGGACAUAUAGGAAGCUGCAUGAGUUCCUGGACCAAGAGGAGUCCUCUCUUCUGGCCCAGCUAGAGCAGCUGGACACAGAGAUAACAAAAGCCCAUGAAGAAAUCCUCCAGAGGCUUUUGGAGGAGACGACGAGGCUGGGCACACUGAUUGGGGAGAUGGAGAGGACGUACCAGCAGCCAGACUGGCAGCUCCUGAAGGACAUUGGAACCACCUUGAGCAGGGGCCAGAGGGAAACGCUCUCCCACUCACUCGAGAUUUCCCCGGAGCUGGAAAAAAAAUUCUCUGAAUUCACCAAGAAGAACCCAAAUAUCAAGGAUCUUCUGGAAAAAGUUCCAGAUUUCCUGGAGUUCGAGCUUCCCUUGACAACACAGAUGACGCUGGACCCAGAAACAGCAAACGCCAGGCUUUGUCUCUCAGAAGAUUGCAAGCUUGUGUGGUGGAAAUGCUGUGAGCAGGUCCUGCCCUCCAACUCGAGGAGAUUCAAAUGUGAUCACUGUGUGCUCUGUUCGUGCGGCUUCACCUCGGGGUGGCACCGAUGGGAUGUGGAGGUCCAAAGAGAAGGUGUGUGGGCCAUUGGUGUGGCCAAGGAGUCGGUUCCAAGGGGCCAUGGGUUGUGCCUGAAGCCCGAUGAGGGGGUAUGGGCUCUGCAUCAUACCCAUGAUGGGUACGAGGCUCUGACCUCUCCUUGUGCCACCCCCUUGACUCUACACAGCAUCCCCCAGCGGAUACGAAUCUGCUUGGACUAUGAGAAAGGGAGGGUGCUGUUUUUUGAUGCUGAGAGCAAAGAACGGAUCUUUGCUUUUCCUCAGGCAUCUUUCCAAGGGGAGAGAGUCUUCCCGUGGUUCAUGGUGAUUGGGGGUGCUCAACUUAAGCUUCUUCCUUAAGGCACAGGAGAAAAAAAAAACCCAACCCCCAAAGCCACCAACUUACCCUUGGGAAAGAAACCAGGGUCUGGGUUUUGUCCCAAUCCCACCAAAGGGACAGGAAAGGGGAGCGGUGUUCAGCUUCCUCUCCUUCCGUGCAAAAUGGGAGCAUUUCUGUGCCUUCAACUCUAUUUUGAUUUUUUAAUCGCUCUUUAAUCACUAAAUGGUUGUUACAGGGUGUCUGCAAAC